GAGUUCAAAUUAAUUUUCGAGCAUUGGAGCUAAAUUCACAGCCCUAGUCGCAGAAAAACUCAUCGAGGGGCGAGAUCGAGAGGAGAUUAUGGAGGAGGAGGUGAAGCUAGGUUCUUCAAAGCCUAUGAUUGCCACACAGGCGGAGAUGGUGGAGGAGAGGGUUCCGAUACCGUACCGGGACCAGUGUGCACACCUUCUGAUCCCGCUCAACAGAUGCCGGGUGAAGGAGUUCUACCUCCCAUGGAAGUGUGAGGUGGAGCGACACGCCUACGAGAAAUGCGAGUACGAGCUCGUCAUGGAGCGGAUGCUGCAGAUGCAGAAGAUCCGAGAGCUAGAGGAGCGCCGGAAAAAGGCCGGCCAGACCAAGCUGCAAGGCGCUGGCAUCCCCAUCAUCGCAUCAACCGCUAAGGGGUGAUUGUUUUCUCAUUAUGGUUUGAUGUGAUGCUUUGAACUGCCAGCGUUUGCAUGCUCUGCAAUGAAAUAGGUUUGUUUUUUUUAUAAAAGCAGCCUUCUGCACUGGACAGAAAUAUAAUUAUAAACUUGCCUGCUUUCUUUUCAUUUUGUUGCAAACCUGUUAUCCAUAUGGAUGAAAUAAUUGUAUUAAGUUUUCACUAAUGCAUUGGUCUUGUACUUCUCA